GUUGUCUUAAGGGUAAUGAACCGAAAGGACUCUGCCCAAUUUUGCUGCAAGGUCACCGCUCUUGAUGCAUGGUGAACUGCUGUACAUUCACACUGCAGAAUACUGGAAACUGAACAGGACUACUUUUCAAGACGGAGAAACGAGGACAUACUUAUACAUCCGGGCGCUCCAGCUAUCCCUAAGCAAAGACGCUGGGCGAUAUAAGCUUUCUGGCACGUUUGACCAAUUGCUGACGUCACUAGUCCGUAAUACCAUGUGUCAGUAGUUCACGUGUCUGUAAUUCUCGCGAGCUUAUGUUUGAUCCGUUUAUACCUUAGUGUUAGAAGAAAGUUCAGCAUUGAACAAUGAUUUCUGACCGAGUAAACACAAUAGCAUGGCGAAUUAGCUGAGAAUGGGAGUCGUUCGACCAUAAGUUCAUCUGAGCAAAACCAGCAACUAACAUGCGAGCUGAUGGUUCCAUGGGUUUUUAUCUGCUAACAUUAUUUCUUUCCUUCAGUUCGUCAGGAUAAUAGAUGCGUCGCCAUCUUGAUUUUUUCCUUCAACAAUUAUGUGCCACAACGAUUUUAGGUGGCUUGCAGCCUAGUCCCGCACCAAUUUCCAGAUAGAAAUCUUGAUAUGAGCUUUACAAAGACUUCUGUCACACCCGUCAAAUGCCCUUAAGGAAAGCUGAACAUCUUGUAACGAGGUAAUGACGUCUCAGCGGUGUAGCAAACUUAAGGGGUUACUUGCAGACUGUGACGAAUCUGGCCGCAAACAGACGCUUCUUUUCACCUUCCGCAAAGUGCACCAAUGAGCUCCUGGGCCCGUUUUCCGUUCGUCUGGAGAAGUUUAUCGCUGUGACGACAUGUAAGAAUAGCCACGGUCUGGUGAUGUAUUUUACAAACAGGUGAAAACAGUUGACGUAGAGACAAAAAUUCUCAUAGAUGGGGGAAGAGUUUCUUUAGUUUUUAAAUUACAAGACAAUCUUAAGUUUGGAGUAUUGCACCGAAAUCAGACAAAGCCAAUUCGGUUCAUUACCUUCAAGACAACUUAAUCCCCUCGUUGCGUGAUAACAACUUACCUUAAGGGUGUUUCAUGGGUGUGACAGAGGUCUAAUGUCGUCGGCCCUAGGUGCGCCUUUGACCGUCCAAUCAGCUCCAGCUUUACCCACAUAAUUGAGACACCCAAAGAUACCGAAGAAGUCCAGCCCGGGCCGGGGCCCCGCACUUUCUGGUCGGAGGGCGCUGCGGCAGGUUCACACCGGAGUCACUUCAGGGUUCCUCCCGAUAAACCCGCUUCACAGUCACGGUGCGACAUCUCGCUACCCACUCUAACCAGGACAAACACAGGACUGUUUCAGACCGGACCAUGAGAGUCUCCGUGCUCAUGACGAUGGGGCUGGUGGCCCUGCUCGGGACCGGUCGGUUCUUCGCAGCUGGAGACAACAGCGACGGGUCCAGCACAUUGGAGGAGGAACUGGAGCAUCUGUUGGAGGAACUGGACGGGUCCAGCACCUUGGAGGAGAAACUGGACGGGUCCAGCGCCUUGGAGGAGGAACUGGACGGGUCCAGCACCUUGGAGGAGGAACUGGACGGGCCCAGCGCCUUGGAGGAGGAACUGGACGAGCCCAGCGCCUUGGAGGAGGAACUGGACGGGCCCAGCGCCUUGGAGGAGGAACUGGACGGGCCCAGCGCCUUGGAGGAGGAACUGGACGAGCCCAGCGCCUUGGAGGAGGAACUGGACGGGUCCAGCGCCUUGGAGGGGGAACUCGACGGGCCCAGCGCCUUGGAGGAGGAACUGGACGAGUCCAGCACCUUGGAGGAGGAACUGGACGGGUCCAGCGCCUUGGAGGAGGAACUGGACGGGUCCAGCGCCUUGGAGGAGGAACUGGGCGGCUCCAGCGUCUUGGAGGAGGAACUGUAGCAUCUGUUGGAGGAACUGGCUGUCGUCCAGAGGGAGGUGGAGUCGAGAGACGAUGACAACAAAAAUGGGGAGGAUGAAGAUGAUGAGUCCCUACUACUGCCCGGUAGUAUUCUUGCCUUUUCAACAUUUGUUUUUACGCUUGCUUAGUUUUCGCUAGUUAAGUGAUCUUGUUUAAGGGGUGAAGAAUAAUGCUUUAGUGCCUUCUUCAUGGGUUAGAUGUGGUAACUGGAUAUUUGGAAUGCAACGUAAUACAAUAAGACAGGUACAUGUGAACCUACGCCUUUUCUGUGUAAUUUGAUGCCCUCUUCUCACAUCUACAAAUAAAAUAGAAAAUCUGCACCUUUACACCCACGGGAUAUCGGACCGCCAGCCAUUGUUAUUUUGUUAUUGUUAUUGGGUGGGUCGACUGCUCUCUCUUGGGAGCUAGGGUCGGG